UGCAGCCCCCCAGGUCUGUUACGACCAACUUAAACAACGGACACGGAAGCAUUUCGAAUCCUCCACCGGGCGCAUAUUACUCAAGUGUUCGAUUGAUUCAGCACUCCACGUUUCCCACGGUUUUCGCGCCGUUACUCCCCCGAUCUUUCGUGGUACUGUGCUUGUUAGAAGUCUACCAUACUCAUGAAUGUCGCAGUUGAUCUGGCUUACACUCUUAUCCGGGCAGUGGACCCUUUGCUCAAGAACAGCGUACUUCUUUGCCAUGGGUUGUUCGGAUCGAAACAGAACUGGAAAAGCAUGUCUCGUGCAUUGCACAAAGAUCGCUGCGGCUCGAUAUGUGCAGUCGACUUAAGAAAUCAUGGUCUUAGCCCUCGUUCUACCGAUAUGAGCUUGCUUUCAAUGGCCUAUGAUAUCAUUAAAGUGGUGAACGAUCUGAAGCUACAAGAUGUAUGCCUUGUCGGACACAGUUUAGGAGGGAAAGCUGCAAUGUGUGCUGCGCUUUUAGAGUCAGCCAAAUUUAGUCGCAUGAUUGUCUUGGACAGCUCCCCCGUUCCAGCUUCACAGCAUUCUAUCAUGCGUUACUUGAAACUAAUGUUGAACACUGAUCUCUACCGAGCUGAGCGAGAAAGUGAUGGAAGCCUUGGUGGAGUGCGUCAAUGGUUGUCGGAUCAUUGGAAAGAUCACAUACUGGAUGACAGGAUAAGGUCCUUCUUGUUGACCAACCUGGAUCAAAGCGGUAAAGACUUUGUUUGGCGUGUGAACCUACCUGUUCUCGAGUCCUGCUGGCAUGCCAUCAUGAAGUUUCCGACGACUGAGUUACAAGGACGGGUCUUUGAGAAUCCCGCACUUUUCGUGGCCGGUGGUCGUUCAGAUCAUUUGAAAAACGCUUGCAAAGGAAUUGUCGGCAAAAGUUUGGAGAUAACGAAAAACGCUCCGCUGAUUGGCAAUCUGGACUCAGACGCUGCCCUACCAACAAUGCACAAAUUCCGCUUCUCCUGUCCAUCAAUCCUGUCAAUCCAUCGAGAAAACUAGUGAUCUCGUGAGCCUAUUACAACGAAGAGAAUUCUCGAACGCAGAUAUAUGAAAGUUGGUGACAUUUCGACAUUGUAGAUGGAGUCGUGAAACUCGAUGGCUACCGACACAUCAGAUCCGACCGCCCAGAUUAUCCGACUUUCCUGAAAUCCUUCCUUACUUCCCAAACAAUCGAUUUGUUUGCAUACGGAAUGCAGGGCACUGGCUUCACGCAGAUGAGCCAUACGCUGUCCUCAGCCUGAUUUCGCAAUUCAUCAAGUGUCCGACAUUUGAACUGACUGUGGACGGAGUGGAAGAUAUGACUGAACAGGCUCACAACUAUACUGCCACUUGAACCCCAUUUCCGACACUCCUUAGUUUUAUUCACGGCUGAAAGCGAUUUCACUCAGCACUAUUCAGAUUUCUUCUAUUUACUGCAGAAAUUGAGGUCAUCUUUCUUACGCUGAUUUCUAGACCAAUUGAUACUAAGUGGUUUUACCCACGGACGCCGUGGAUUGUUGAAUUACUGUGCUGGAUUCUACUGUUGCUUCUGGAUUACUGUGUUAUACUCUUCUUUUCUGUGUGAAUUGAGCACGAAUAUUUUUCUUUUGAUGUAUUUUUCAAUCUGUUCAAAUUUGGUGUCUGUUCUCUGACUAAUCUCAAAGAUCUAAUUGGUUGGCCAAACUGCCGUCUUGGAUUUGUACUACAAUAAUCGCUAUCAUGACCACCACACCUGUAAACCGAAACGCAGUAUUUUGUGCUAAUCGAACUUGUGCUAAUGUAGCAAAGGUAUGGUUGUCCUGUACAAAUUGUGUUGACCGGUACCAUUCGAAAUACAUCAACGUCUAUAGAACCGACAUAAAAAACACACUAUGCUGGG